UACCACAGCAUAAAAUACGAAGAAGGUAGGGAAGUCUCAAGACAAUUUCUUACUUGAAACCCAUUCCGCUCAAUAAUUCAAAGCAGUCAAGCAUCUUGAAUCCUCUCAAGUCAUCCAACAUGGUCGCUGAUGCCAUGCCAAAAUUCGCUGUUCUUAUCGAUGCAGACAAUGCGCGUCAUUCCAACAUCCAUCGCCUGCUCGCCGAAAUUGCAAAAUACGGGACAGUUCAUGCAAAGCGAGCAUAUGGAGACUGGAGCAGUCAAUAUCUCACAGGCUGGAAGGACCAACUUCUUCAUCACUCAAUCCAACCCAUACAACAGUUUGCGUAUACUCAGGGCAAAAAUGCGACGGACUCGGCCAUGAUAAUCGACGCUAUGGAUCUUCUUUAUACUAGCCGCUAUGAUGGCUUCUGUCUUGUCUCCAGCGACAGUGACUUUACCAAAUUAGCCUCUCGUAUCCGCGAGUCCGGACUCGUGGUCUAUGGUUUCGGCGAGCAAAAGACGCCACAGCCUUUUGUUGCUGCCUGCGAUAAAUUCAUCUACACAGAAAAUCUCGUGCAUGUCGAUGAGCUGGAGCCACAUGCCACCAGAAUCCGCGCACCUGAACAUUCUGUACCUGUCAAGAAAGUACAAACUGGUGAACCCUUGGCGACUCAGCUACGAACGUCGGUAGAAGCAGUAUCCGGUGACGACGGAUGGGCCAGGCUCUCCGAUGUUGGCUUUCUUCUAACUAAAAAGCAUCCGGACUUUGACUCUCGGAGUUACGGUUACCAUAAGCUCAGUGAUUUGAUAGCUAAUUCUGCCUUGUUUGAAACCAAUUUCAAGCCUCACCCACACAAGUCGUCUGUUGAGAUUUACGUCCGCGACACACGCCGGAGGUCGAGCUGAUUUGCUGGCUGGGGAUUACGUUCAAUCGUCAUAUUCUCCAGGGGGUUAUCCCCCGUUGAAACGCCUCGAGUCAUAAUUGCAAGCCUGGAAAUAAGUUUGGUAUGCUGCAAGUAUGAUUAUUCAUAUCAAGCCGUGCAAAUUCAAUUGAUAUGCAAGCACUACGUCGCAUUCAGCAG